AAUGAACACUGCCACUAACUCAUUAGCUAAGCACGAUUCAGCUCCUUGGAGUUGCAGUACGUAAAACCGCCUGUAAGGUUAUCCGAUUAUUUAUCGAGUCUCAUCCUAUGGCGGACUUCAUGCUAGACUCCGUUGUGCAGCGAUCUCAAGCUCCGAAUAGAGUAUGCCAGGGUCAAACUACUUACGUAAAAAAUCAAUGCACGUGCUCUUGACGCGUCAAUCUAACCUAGUGGUGGUUGAUUUCCUUGUUCUACUACAUCUUCUCUUCCUGCCAACCUAUCGUUUCGCAUUCGCUCCUUUAUCCCUCUGCGCUGGCCGCCGAAAAGUAGGCUGCAAUGUACCAGAUAGACAAAACGAAAAAUAAUCGCUCUUUAUCUUCUGUCGCUCGAACACUUCUCUCCGCGGAUGACUCGGAUGCCGUCGCCGCCGCCGCCUUGAUGCCCGCUAUCAGCGCAGAAAAAACGUCCACCUCUAGAACAACUUUCAAGAAAGCACUUUCUAAGACGAAAGAUAAAGCAAAGGCGACCUCCAUCAGGCCUGUUCGUAUCGCAGACUACGACUCCCAGGAGAUGACGAACGUACCGAAUCCUGUACCAGACACUGGCCUUCCUCCUCCAAGUGGUGAUACAAUAUAUUUCACGCCACCGCCAAUUACUGCAUUUUCUUCGGUAAUCCAUCAGUCCCAGGAGUACCACGCUGCAGCGAUCACUGGCAAGUCUAUCAGCGCGAUUUCUGUGUCAACCUUCACCCCAUUGCCACCACUACUCUCUCUUGAACCCACACCAACCGCAGACAAUGAACAUGCUAUUGUAAUAACGCCUGUUCCUUCUCGGACGAGUUCAACUCAGUCCCACAGUGCUGUCCCAUCAGCGCGAGUCCAACGUCCCUCGCCAUCACACCAAAUUUCAAAACCGGUAAUAAUUGCACUCUCUGUCGUUGGAGGUGUCGUAUUACUUGGGGUAUUCAUCCUGAUAAGGCUUUUGAGACGUCCCCGCCGCCGCAAGUGUCCAACACCCUCUCUCCCCAUUCUCCAGGAUGGUGCCUUCCCAGAUCACUUUGGGAGCGAUGGGUCCGGAUCCCCGGUUUUUGGAGGCAAGGAGCGAUUCUCGCCCUCGCUGGGGAAUGCACGAGGAAAUACGGGGCUCUGGACAUGGACUCAGUAUCACUCCGGAAUUCCAAAGCCGGCGCCAACUGUCACAGUCUCAAAGUCAUCGUCAGGCGAACCCGUAAAAGGAUCAAGCAGUCAAGAGAACUUGCUUUCCGAGAAAAGUACCUCGUUUGGUGGACAAAACCAAUACUCUUUCACUGGGCAAGGCAACUUUGGACAAAGGACCCAACCGCCUCUACAGCCUAUCCAGAAUGCAAUCACUCGCGCGGUCUCUCGGCUCUCCACUGUCUCUAUGUCCCUUUACCCAAACUCGCCGGCCAACACUACCUAUUAUGGUGCGACGAACGUGGGUGUAGCCAUCGAGAGCACGACGCCUCUGACAGGUGAUGGACAAACUAUGGCACGUGCAAAGGACAGGGUUGCGGCAGGACGCGCGCGCAAUAGCAUGGUCGCUCCUCCUGACGCCAAAGACGCAUCCAUGCUGCGACGCUCCCAGAGCUAUGCUUACGGUGGAAUGGAUACUACCCCAACCUCACCUGGAUCCGGGAGAAGCGCGCAGAACGGGGGCCGUACGCGCAUCAAAUCAUCAUAUUACACACCUGGCUCACAUCCUCGUACCUCCGUAGCUCCUUCGACAUGGUCAAAAGACCGCGGACAACAAGAUGGUCUCCACUCUGAUCGCACUUAUGGAUUGCAACGUUCCGAGUCUCAUCGAGGCCGUGAGACACAGGCGCUGACAUGUGCUCUUGGACUAGCUUCACCUGUCCCGCCAUCCCCUCAUCCAACACUAUAUCCGGAUGAUUCCAUGAGUGUGAUUGGAGAAGCAAAGAAGGUCACCGUGACAGGCACGCGCAGCCAAAAGAAACCAGUUCCCAAAGCUAUGCCCAAUUACGACAAGUCGUCUUCUCCUGACUCUGCGGCGCUUGGAAGUUUGAUGAUGGUGGACUUCGCGGCAUCAAAGUCGACUGCAUCACUGGUAAACAUACGUCCGUCCGAAGCAGCCAGGGAGAUUCAAGAGACGCAAACUCAGGGAGGGCAGAGUUCGGGGGGGUUCGGUCAACCAAAAACGAGCUUGAAGAAGAGAGUGGAGGACAGACCACCACGUGUUCCAUCACCUCCACCGUUGCCAUCGCUUACACAGAUGGCACUUGCUCACGCAAACCCCGAAGCGUAUGCUGAUUACCACAGCCCGACGUACAGCAUCUACGGGUUGUAUGAUGGAGAUAGGAAAAGUCGCGGGAUGUCAUUUGGAUACUGAUUUAGAUUGAUUCGCGUAGUACAAGCAUCGCCUACUAGUAUAGUUUUGUAUGCCAAGGGAUUAUACGUUUGUGGUUUCCGCGCGCUGAGCACUGCAGCGCUGAAUCCAGGUCACUGUCAACUUGAAGCAAGUACUUGCUAGUAAGUACUAGCAAGUGUGGACCUGGUCGACCUUGGCGGUCUUAUCGUUUGAAUCGAUCAGGAACUGUUCCCGGCAAGUCAAUAAAAUUGACAGCUGUACAUGUGAUAUGCGGGAGUUGUUAC